AUGGCAUUCCCUUGGCUGAUUGGUGGUGAUUUCAAUGUCAUUUUAAAUGAAAAGGAAAAAAUAGGAGGUUUGCCAGUUUCCCCACAAGAGUAUGAAGAUUUUGCAUUCUGCAUGAAUUCUUGUGAAUUGCAUGAGAUUCCUUUUAAAGGGAGUACUUUCACAUGGUGGAAUGGUAGGGCUGAUAAUGAAUGUAUUUUUAAGAGGCUGGAUAGAAUGUUGCAUAAUGAGCUAUUUCAAGACUGGUUUGGACAUUUAGAGGUGGAACAUUUGUCUAGAACAGGAUCUGAUCAUGCUCUAUUACUUUUAACUUGUGGGGAUCAGGUGCAGAACUAUUUUAAGCCAUUCAGAUUUCUUAUAUUCUGGGUGGAACAUGAAUCCUUUCUAGACCUUGUUAGACAUCAGUGGGAAGAAGAAUUAUCUGAAGAUGUGUUCCUAUCAUUUAAACUCAAGCUGAAGAAGGUGAAAAUUGCUUUAUGUAAGUGGAGUAAGGAGACAUUUGGAGAUAUCUUCAAGCAACUAGUUAUCAGAGAGGAUAUAGUCAAAAUUAAAGAACACCUGUUUGAGGAGGAUCCUUCAGAAGAGAAUAGAAUGGUGAUGCAAAGGGCUCAAGAUGAACUUAAACUACACUUGCAUUAUGAAGAAGAAUUUUUGAGACAAAAAGCUGGAACUGACUGUUUCUUAGAAGGUGAUAAAAAUACAAGGCAGUUUUCUCAAGAAGAUCAGAUUGAAGAAUCUCCUAUUCUUAAUCAUGUUCCUGAAAUGAUUAAGGAGGAGGAUAAUGUAUUGCUUACAGACCAACCUACUAUGGAAGAAGUGAAGAAAGCUGUUUUUGAAUUAUCAGGUGACAGUGCUUGUGGACUAGAUGGUUUUUCUGGGAUAUUUUAUCAGAAGUGUUGGGAAGUGAUCAAAAUUGAUGUGGGUAAUGUAGUUAAAGCCUUCUUUGAGGGAUUUGUCAAGGGCAUAAAUAUUAUUGAGAAUGUAUUGUUGACACAGGAAAUUAUUACAGACAUAAGGAAGAGAGGGAAGCCUGCUAAUGUUGUUAUUAAGUUGGAUAUGGCAAAAGCAUAUGACAGAGUUUCAUGUCUAUAUCUCUGUAAGGUAAUGAAGAAAAUGGGAUUUUCUGAGGUAUUCAUUGAUUUAAUAUGGAGACUAUUGGCAAAUAACUGGUAUUCUGUGCUGUUGAGUGGCCAUGCUCAUGGUUUCUUUCAUUCAACCAGAGGAGUUAAGCAGGGAGACCCCAUCUCUCCUUCUUUAUUCAUCAUUUCUGCAGAAGUACUCUCAAGAGCAUUGAACUCUUUAUUUGAUCAGUCAGCUUUUACAGGCUAUGGGAUGCCAAAGUGGAGUUCUACAUUAAACCACCUUGCUUAUACAGAUGAUACCAUCAUAUUAUCAUCUGCAGAGAGUAAUUCCUUGCUGCUGAUCAUGGACACUCUUCAAUAG